AUGGCGUUCGGCCAUGACGAAGCUCUGGAUUCUCUGAGAGGCUACCUUCAAGAGGAGUUCAGCGGUGUGCGGAGGGAUAUAGCUGCAGUGCUGGAUGAGCUGCAGCAGGCCAAGACUCAAAGAGUUGGCUUCGAGGCCUUUGGCGCACAGACCUUUACUGGAAACGGCGGAAUGAGCAAGCACAUGUUCACGGCGGCCGUCAGCGAGAAAGUCAGGAAGCUUUCGGCCAUGGCCUCCGAGGUCACUCCGAUCAGACGACGGAGGCUCUCCCUCCCGACCUCCUGGAGUGGUACGAGCACGCAAGAGCUCCAUGAUCUUAGGCAUUUGAACCAUCUGAAGCCUCCACGCCUGGAGGCUUCGCAACACUCUAUUGAAACUGCUUCGAGCAGUGAAGGGGUUGAGGAGCUAAUCCUUCCAGCCGACAUCCCUGGCACGGUGCAAGAAGUACCUGCGCCACAACCAUCGCAACCCGUGAUCGAUGAAACCCCACUUGCAGUGACCAAAGAUGGAAACGCUUGCGAGUCAAUCUCAAGAACACUCUCAAAGAAGGAUGCAAAGUGGGUCCAGGGUCUCGAUCGCGAGGAUGCGAAGCUGAAUCUGUUUGAGCGGAAAACGGAACCUGUGGAUAAGAUGGGUCGUGGGAUGGGCCUGGUAGCUGGAGCGGACGACUUCAACGUCAAAGUCUUUCGAUCUGCCUUCCAUCGACGAUGCUACAACAUAGCUACAAGCAGCUCCUUUGAAAUCAUGACCAUCCUGUUAAUCUGCUCCAGUGCGCUGCAGAUAGGCCUCUCCACAAAUGACAUGGCCGAGAGGCUCGUUACAGAGACCGCCUCUGCCCAUCGGAUCUUGGAGGUGAUCUACUGCAUCGUCUUCUCCUUGGAGCUGAGUGUACGAUUGGUGGCACAUCGACUAGACUUCUUUACCCAGGUCGGCUGGGCAUGGAACGUGUUCGAUCUGCUACUCGUAGGUUUUCAGCUGGUGGAAGAGCUCUUGCUAGCGCUGUCUGGUCCCGAUCCUCGGGGUCCUCUGCAGCAGGUCUCCCCAACCACCCUGCUGAGAAUUGCCCGCAUCCUGCGUGCCGUCAGAGUGUUGAGGGUGCUCCGUAUCGCCCUGAUGGCAGAGGACUUAAGGCUGCUCGUCAGUUGUCUCCUCUACUGCUCCCGCCCCUUUUUUUGGACCUUCGUCCUCUUGGGUUUGAUGCUGUACAUCGCAGGCAUUUACAUAACACAGCUGCUCUUGUUCUAUCGUGUGGAGAGCCAGCAGGGCCACGAACUGGAGAAUUUCUUUGGCUCGGUACCGCGCUCCAUGCUCUCUCUUUUCGAGGCUAUGACUGGUGGGGUCGACUGGGAUGUCCUGGUAGCGCCCCUUUUCGAUCUUAGCGCUGUGGUCGGCAUUGGACUGGUCUCCUUCUUCGCUUUCGCGAUUGUGGGUGUGCUCAAUGUGGUCACUGGAACGUUCGUGCAGAGCGCGAUCGUGAGGGCCGAGGAGGUGAGGGAGGUGCAAAGGGCCAUGAAGGCCAGGAAGCUCUUCAGAACUUUGGAUGACAACCAGAGUGGUCAGAUCUCUUACAACGAAGUCCUGAAUCACACAAAGGACCAUUCGGUCCAGGACUUCUUCAAAGACCUUGACAUCGAGGCAUCCGAGGCCAAGUUUCUCUUCGACAUGUUGGAUGUCAACCAAAGUGGCUCCAUCGAUUUCGAAGAGUUUCUCAACGGCUGCAUUCGGCUGCAGGGGCCUGCUAAGGCCAUCGACAUUCUUGUGGUAACACGAGAAACCCGCAUGGUUUACGACAACUUGACUCAAAACUUACAGCAUCUGCGGGCCGAGCUGACGGUGCUCAGCGAGCGGCUCCUUGGGAUUUCCCAGGGGUCGAAGGAUUCAGCGGAGGCAGAGGAAUAG